AUGACGGCUUCCCAGACACGCUCACAGGCUGUGCGCCAGUCGCUCUCUCUGAAUCUCCGAAUCGAGCCCUCCCCGUACAACUCUUCUUCCAAGGUUGUCCUCACAGCACACACGCCAUCAUCUGCUGCAAUGGCCAUUCGAGCGGAAGCUGAUGUAGCCAAUCCAUCUAGUGAAAGCUCCGAAGACAACAUUAUCGAGUUCUCGGUUCUAUGCCACUACGAAUACGUUGCGGACGAACCUGGUCUCUUGUCCUUUAAGAAGGGUGAGAUACUCGAUAUUAUCAAACGCGAUGAUACGGGCUGGUGGGCCGCAAUGCGAACGGGAACGGAAGGUACUAUGGUCGGUUGGAUACCUCAAGCGUACGUUACCCCUCUGUUAGAGGAGAUGGUAGAGAGGCUACGAAGCAUCGGAGAAGAAUUCCGUGUGGCAGAAUACGACGCAGAGCAGCUGUAUAUCACUGCUCCAGUCGACCGUGGUCUUUCUCUGUUUGAGCCAGAUUUCGACCUACCAGAAGACGAUUCUGUUCCCCGCAAGAACUCUUCUUCCAACCUAAACGCUACAUCUUACCAAUCCCCUCGCGACAUGUACUACUCGAAGGGGAGAAGAGAUGAGAAUGUCAAUCCAUUCGCCCAACCCCAAAGCUCUCCCCGAUCGCGUCUUAAUCCCCCACCAUCCCCUACAUCCCCAAUGCCCUAUCCUCCUUCUCGACCUACCUAUCAGACAAAACCCUCCUCGCCUAUUCCAAUCUCAGAGGCUGAUAGUCGCCAACGCUCAGGGUCCACAUCAUCCAACCGGAGUCUGAGACGAAGACCCGUAAUUCUUAACGACAACCCCACCCUCUCCCGCCUCUCCACCCUCAUAGAAUCCAACAACACAAAAGAGAUAGAUGAAUUGGCCAGUCCAGAUAUCGUCGGCUCCUUCGAAGCUAUCUCCAAACGUUCGCGAGAGUCAAGGGCACCGAGGCGGAGAGCGAGCGAGGACACGAAAUAUACUACGAAUGUUGCUUCCCAAGGUGGAAAGCCAUGGUAUCUGCUACCACAACACAAAGACCAACUCGACGAGGAUAACAAAGGGAAUAUACGGACAGGAACCCUCGAGGCUUUGGUUGAACGAUUAACGACGGACGUAGGGACGACAGAUCUCACUAAAAUAGCGGAAAGCAAAAAAUUUACGAGCAUAUUUCUUAUGACAUUCAGAACAUUCACAACUGCGAACCGACUCUUCGACAUGCUCCUCGAUCGGUUCAAUAUACAACCACCAAAGAACCUGACAGAUCCAGAGCGGAAGGACUGGAAUGCGAAUCUCUGUCUACCCGUACAACGUCGCGUCCUCGACGUCCUUACGGUGUGGCUAGAGGAUCACCGGCUUUUGGAAGAAGAACCCUAUAUUUCUUCGCAUCUCUCAGAGUUUCUAAACGCUAUUGAUGGACCACCUUUUAAUUUAACUGCAACAGCUAUCCUCAAGUCUCUGGAACGUCUGACAUUCACCGUCCCCUCCUCAUCCACCACCACUUCCCCUAAGAAAUCAAGGAAAUCUAAAGCACAUAAGAAUGACCUGCUAAAGAUGGAUCCGUCUGAUGUUGCUGAGCAACUGACGGCCCUAGAGUCAUCUCUCUACAUGAAGAUCACCCCGCAAGAGUGUCUUGCUUACGCCAAGACACAGUCAGGUGGGGCCGUCGCAAAGUUAUCAAACUUCAUUGGAACACACGACAAAUUGGGUGCUUGGGUCAAGUUGAGUAUUUUGAAUCUCGAAACCCUUGUGAAGCGAGCAGAAACCGUCGAUUUCUGGAUCAAAGUCGCUGAGAAAUGCCGCGUGCUCAACAACUUCGCGUCAAUGAGCUCCAUUACCAUAGCUCUUUCGAGCGUAGUCGUCUCUCGGCUGCAUGUUACUUGGGGGCAUGUAAAUCGCAAGUCGCAGCUGGACGUUCUUCUCCGUUAUAAUGAACCCACUGGUGGCUUUGCUGGCUACCGACAACUUCUAAAUACCGCGGAGGGUCCUUGCGUCCCUUUCAUAACAAUGUUCCUGACGGACAUCAUUCACGUCUAUGAACAGUUCGACAGUCAAGAAGAUGGUCAAAUCUGUUUCUUCCAACGAGCGCGUUGGCACGAAAUCAUUACAAAAAUGCUGAAAUUCCAGGGUCGACUAUACUGUCUACCUGCGAGCGAGUCGACUAUGAACUUCAUCGAAGGACACCUGCGGGACAGCCAUCUAUGGGACCAAAAUUGGUAUUGGAAGAGGAGUCAAGACCUUCACAACUCCGAGUUGACCCACGCAGAUAUUAGGAAAGGUUUAGAGGCGGCAGGGUUCUAA